AUGUUGACUAUUCUCAUCGAUAUAUUUAUUAUUUUUCGUAUUCGUAAACAAGCAGUGAUUCGACCACUUCAAUUUGUUCGUGAUGAUAAAAAUAUAAAGCGACAAAAAAGUUUUCAAAAACAAAUGUUUAUUCUUAUGCUUGCAAGUGUUUGUAUUUUUCUAAUUACUUCUCUGCCGUUAGCAAUUUAUAAAAUAACAUCACCACGAGAAACAAAUCUAUCAUUCGCUAUUUUUUUUAUUAUUACUAUUUGGGCUGGUUUAGAAUGGUUUCAAAGUCUCUUUUGUGCAAUCAAUUUUUAUAUUCAUUGUCUUAGUUCAACAUUAUUUCGUAAGGAAUUCGAAGAUAUAAUUAAACGUAUAUGGAAUAGACAUCAAUCUCGAGUGACUGCUGUAGAAUUUACAACAAUAAAUCAACGUACUCAAACCCAUAAAGUGCCUUUGAAAUAUUAA